AUUAUCAUUCAAGAUUCCUUACCAUAUCAACUUGAAAAACAAACGUCGUUUACGCCAUGCCGUAAGUCAGAAGCAAUGGCGACGCUUAUGAAUGUGUUUACGAAGGGCACCCGGCUAGGUAAAAGGGCAAAAUAUUUGUGUCACUUUGGAGGAAAAGCUUACAGCAGUGUAGCAACACCCAAAAUUACCACUCAUUACACAGUUCAUCCUAGAGAAAAUGAUCCACGAUGGAAAGAUGUAGAAAUGGAACGAUAUGGAGAUGAAGCAGAUGUGCUGAUUGUUGGAGGAGGGCCAGCAGGUCUGUCAGCAGCAUGUAAACUUAAACUCCUGGCUAAUGAGCAAGGAAAGGAGCUGAGGGUGUGUCUGGUCGAGAAAGCUGCUGAAAUUGGUGGUCAUACCUUAUCAGGAGCAUGUAUUGAACCAAGAUCUUUAGAGGAGUUGUUUCCAAACUGGAGAGAAAUGGGAGCACCACUGAAGACUGAGGUGAAGGAAGACAAAUUUGCUUAUCUAACAGAAAAGGGAAGAAUCCCAAUUCCAAUACUUCCAGGAAUGCCAAUGAGUAACCAUGGAAAUUAUAUUGUCAGACUGGGCAAUGUUGUGAGAUGGCUUGGUGAACAAGCUGAGGCACUAGGUGUAGAGAUCUACCCAGGCUAUGCUGCAAGUGAGGUUCUGUUUCAUGAAGAUGGUAGUGUGAAAGGAAUAGCCACUAAUGAUGUAGGAAUACACAAAGAUGGAUCUCCGAAGGAAACAUUUGAAAGAGGAAUGGAACUUCAUGCCAAAGUGACAAUAUUCAGUGAAGGGUGUCACGGACAUUUGGCUAAACAAUUGUACAAAAAAUUUGAACUCAGAGAAAACUGUGAGCCACAGACAUACGGAAUUGGAUUUAAAGAACUUUGGGAAGUAGAUCCAGCUCUUCAUUGUCCAGGGCGAGUGGAACACACAUUUGGAUGGCCUUUUGACAAUAAUACAUAUGGAGGUUCUUUCUUGUAUCACUUAGAUGAGGGACCCCUUGUUGUUGUCGGUAUUGUGGUUGGACUAGAUUAUAAAAAUCCUUACUUGAGCCCAUUUAGAGAAUUUCAGCGAUUCAAGCACCACCCCUCAGUUGAACCUUUAUUCCGUACGGGUAAAAGAAUUGGAUAUGGUGCAAGAGCACUAAAUGAGGGGGGAGUGCAGUCCAUCCCAAAACUAACUUUCCCCGGAGGCUGUAUGAUAGGCUGUAGUCCAGGAUUCAUGAAUGUGCCCAAAAUCAAGGGAACACACAAUGCCAUGAAGAGUGGCCUUUUGGCAGCAGAAUCCGUGUACGAGCUUGUUAGUGAUGAGGAAAAAAUUUCACAGUCACCAACCGCAGGUUUAGAACCAGUCAAAUAUGAGGAGAAAUUAAAGAACAGCUGGUUGUGGAAGGAAUUGCAUGCAGUUCGAAAUGUUAGACCUUCCUUUAACUCCAGUUUAGGUGCUCUGGGUGGUGUGCUCUACACAGGACUGUUUUACUGGAUAUGUAGAGGGAAGGAACCUUGGACUCUUCAUCAUGGAGGACCAGAUAAUGCCAAAUUAAAACCAGCCAAGGAAUGUAAAGUCAUUGAGUAUCCUAAACCUGAUGGGGUAGUGAGUUUUGACCUUUUGACCUCAGUGGCACUAACGGGAACAAAUCAUGAUCAUGAUCAGCCAGCCCAUCUAACAUUGCUGAAUGACUCUGUUCCUGUCAACCAUAACCUGGCAAUUUAUGAUGGACCAGAACAGCGAUUCUGUCCUGCAGGUGUUUAUGAGUAUGUGGAGUUAGAAGAUGGCAGUGGCAAAAGACUACAGAUUAAUGCUCAAAACUGUAUACAUUGUAAGACCUGUGAUAUCAAGGACCCUAGUCAGAACAUUAACUGGGUGUGUCCUCAGGGAGGUGAGGGACCAGCAUACAAUGGAAUGUGAACCGGGGCUUCUGACAUCUCAAUCCACUGCUGUCACCUCACCAAGUGUACACGCGUGUCAACAAGUCAUCUUCCAGAUUCAGUUCUAAUUGUUUAUGUACAAUUGUACGAGUUCCUGAAUAAUUGUCGUGAUGUGAUUACAAGACAAGGUUUUUGCUUUUUAACUACAGGCAAACUCAGGGAUGUUCUUAUAUGUACAGGUUUAGAUAGUGUAGCAAGUUUCUCUGAGAAUAAAGAAAAGUUUCAUUCAUAAGCAUCAUGUUACUGAACACAGAAGCAUUGGUAAUUAUCACUCUUUUUCACAGCCUUUUCACAUGUACAGUGCACAUAUAUGAAAUUGAAUGUUGUUAAGGAGAAAGCCAAUGAUUAUAUGAAUUGAAUUGACAAUGAAUCUCACGAUAUUUCUAAGGCAAUACAUUUGUAAUAUCAUUGAAUCAAAAUCUGAAGUUUGUGCAAGUCUUUCUCAAAAUGAAUUUUGGUAUUUAUGCUGAAAUGCAUGUUUGAUUAACAGUUUAUGUAAUUUGGAGCUUGUCUUUCAUCAUGCAGUAUUCUACAUGUACUGUAUACUAUUUAUUUUUCAAUAAGAUAAAUAAACUUGUUGAAAUUUU